UCCUGUUUACCAGGCGCUUCAGUUCGCGUCGCGCCUCCUACCCGAGACACGCGCUCCGUCUAACCGCGGACUACAACCACCGUGCCCGGCUGCCGCGAUUUCAUCUACAUUAAUAACAACGAUAACCUGUCCGCGCGUAUAAAAAAAAAAGAAAAAAAAAAAAAAAAGCAGCCCUGUCCACUCUUACUCCAUACGUGUACGCGUACGAUGAACACUGCAACUGGUUGCCCGAGGCUCGUCCACGCGUGCAUUGCAUUGUACUCGCCUGCGAUCGAAAGCGAUGGUACAACGUAUAAUAUGCGUGCAAAAGAGGUCAUAAGCCGCGGUACGGAGGAACGGACAGGCUAGAGUGCAGGCUCUGACAAUCACAAUUGUAAAUAUUGCAUCUGGGGUGAUUCCCUCGCGAGGGGAAGUAAGGGGGAGCAGGAAGACCGAGGACAAGCAGAGAUAAUGGACAAAGCGAUGGCAAAGAGAUAGUGCCGAGAAGAAGGAGGAAGAGGCGAACGACGGUAUACAGCCUAUACGGACGGGCAACAGGUGUCCUCGGCGGGACAACAGCGAGAACUGGGAGGAGCGAGGGACGACAAAGAGGAGGCGGAGAGGAGGUCAGGCUGGCGAGGCGUUGCACCUGAGGGCCGGGCGCGCAUGGGAGCGCGCACGAUGUUCGCCAAGCUGAGGAGCAGCGGCGGGGCCGCCCCGGUCCCCGUGGCCCCCAACGCCCUCGAGUCCAACCCCAUCUGGAACUACUUCGACGUCGGCAAGCAGGUCGCCACUGCCGGGCCCGAGCACGUCUGGAAGGUCCUGGACGGCUACCGCAAGAGCGACGGCAAGGAGGUGUCGAUAUUUUUGUUCGAGAAGCGAUCCGUGGAAAAGAUCCACAAGCCCAAGAGGAAAGAAACCAUAGCCGAGAUGCUGCGCGUCGGCGUCCGACAGCUGGAACGCAACCGACACCCAAAAAUACUGCAGGUGAUCCACGGGGCGGAGGAGUGCCCCGAGACGCUGGCCUUCGUCUCGGAGCCGGUGAUGGCGAGCCUGGCGAACGUGUUCGCGGCGGGGGAGCAGAAGCAAGCCGCGGCGCUGGCCGCCCAAGCGGUCGCGACCUCAGUGAACCAACACUACCCCAUGCACCACCAGAUGGCCUCUGCCCAGGCCGGCAGCCGGCCCGUCUUCGCCAAGGAUUACGAUUUGAUCGACAUCGAGAUCAAGUACGGCCUCCUUCAGAUCACCGAGGCCCUCACCUUUGCCCACAACACGAUGCAGCUCAUACACCGCAACGUCUGCCCCAGCAACAUCAUCAUCACCAAAAAGGGCACCUGGAAGCUCUUUGGCUUCGAACUUGUGGAGAGGGUCAGCGAGGGAGAUCCCACGGAGUGCGUGCCCCUGUCUCCGUGGACCAAUCGUUUGCCCAAGGUGACGCAACCGAAUCUCGACUACAUCGCCCCCGAGGUGCAGACGAAAAAGAUGGGCUGCAUCCUGUCGGACAUGUACAGCUACGGGAUGGUCAUCUGCGCGGUCUUCAACAACGGGCGGCCCCUCAUCCAGGCCAAUCACAACGUCAACGAUUACCUCAAGCAAAUCGAGUCGCUGGAGGGCCAGGUGCAUAAUUUGCUGCCGCGGGUGCCGGUGCCGCUUCAGGAGGUCGUGACGCGGCUGGUGUCCAAGGACAUGCCCAAGAGGCCGCAGUCCCAGAUAUGCUCCCUAAUCAAGUACUUUGGGGACCCGUCGGUCCACGCCCUGCAGUUCCUCGACGUGAUCAACAUGAAGGACCCGACGCAGAAGGCGCACUUUUACAAAAACACCCUCAAAGAAGUACUGCCCUACAUACCCCGGAAACUUUGGUACCAGCACGUGUGGCCGUACCUCGAGCACGAGUCGCGCUCCCAGGAGGUCUUUGCCUCGGUGGUCCACCCGAUGCUCUACAUCAUCCAGAAGAGCAACCUCGAGGACUACGAGAGGAUCCUGUUGCCGGGCUUCAGGCAAGUAUUCACGUCCCCGAGAUCGAUCCAGGGCUCGGUCGUCCUGCUCGAGAACCUCCACGUCAUCCUCGAAAAGUCAAACAUGGACGACAUCAACCGGGAGGUCCUUCCCAUGCUGUACAACUCGCUCGAGAGCAACACCAUUCAGAUCCAGACGGCGGCGUUCGUUGCGGUGGCAAACGUUACGGACUACCUGGAGGACAUGGCGAUCCGUAGGACGAUCUUGCCGAAGCUCAAGCUCGCGUUCGAAAGGAGCACGACGGACCAGCGGAUCCUCAUGAACGCGCUCUCGUGCAUUCUCGACCGGCUCGAGAAGCAACAGAUCAUCGACGAGGUGCUGCCCCUCCUCUGGGAGGUCAAGCUCCAGGAGCCCGAGAUCAUCGUUAGGGUUGUAAGCAUAUACAGGCUCAUGCUGACCGACAAAAAGUACGGACUGUCGGUCAACAUAAUGGCGACGCGCGUGAUGCCCUCGCUGCUCCCGCAAACCGUCAAUCCAGGCCUCACCCUCGAGCACUUUACUAGUCUGCUCGACGUCUUGCAAGAGAUGCUCAACCAAAUCGACAGAAACCAGAGGAACAAGCUGAAACUUGACAACUUGUCGCUGCCGAGCCCGGAGAGGCACCGGCCGCUGCGCCACCAGUACAGCACCGACAACAUGCACGUGCCGCCCUUCAACAUCCCGAACCUGCGCAUCGAGCAGAGAAAGACCUCGUCGGCCGAGGACAUGAACAGGAAGAACUCCUCGAUGACGGGGAUGCUGGGGAGCUGGUGGUUCGGCUCUACCUCGUCGGCCAACGCGGACAGCAACUUUUUGCGCGUGGCCAACACAUUCACGAGCCGGCGGCUCUCGGACAACACCCUCAUGACGCCCAAGAUCAGGAUAGCCCCGUCGUGCGCGAGUUCGCCCGGGGGGACGCCGGGCGGUGGUUUGCCGAUCCGCCGGCACUCGAGCACCGGGCCCCAGGAGCGCCGAGGCUCCAACAUCAACCUGUCGCCACCCACGGGUGGCAUGCCGAUAACGAGCAGCAGUGUGCCGUACCUCCUGACCUCGAGCAUGAGCAGCCUGCGCGGUUCGAGGCGGCCCUCGGUGUCCUCGACCUCGUCCCAACAGGGAGCCGGCUUGCUGCAGCAGUUUGGCUCCGGCAUGUACCAACUAUUCUCUGGACGGUCAUAAUUCGGACGAUUACGAAUACGACUACGAGUACGAGUACGAAGGCUCGUACCCGACCCGCUAAACAAAAACAAAAAAACACCAUCGUCCAGACAACGCCAAUCCAUCGUGAUCAUUGAAAUGCAAGGGAGAAAUUUUAGGCGGGUGAAAAGAAGAAGAAAUUAAAAAAAAUCAAGAUGCUUAGGGUUAAUAUAGAAAAAAAUGUAUUUUUGUGGUGUAAUAUAACGUAAAGUAAAUACGAAAGCCUAAAUGACGAGCGAGAGAAGAAUUCUCGACAUUUUUCGUAUUAUUUCUUAAUAAAAAAUACUGUAGAGACAAUCUUAUAGCGAGUCGCCUGGCGACGUUUUUAUUAAUGGAUAAAUCAAACGGUUUACAAAAAAUAAUAAUAAUAAUAAUAAAAAAGUAAGUAACAAAGAUCAUUCGAGGAAAAAAAAAAUGGCAAUCAAACGGCAAUUGUUAAAUUAUACACUUUGUCAAGUUUCAGAUGAUUAUUUUCAAUUGAUCAUGUCUGUAACUAUUGUGGUGAAAGAUAUUUCGAAAGUUUGGACCUCCGAUCCUUACCUUUAAAAAAAAAACAAACAAAAAAAAACAAAAAAAACAAAAAAAAAAAACUUCCUAACAAGUAACUUGCGCGAGAGACUCAAGAAUGAGGAAAUCAUCCUAAAGAUAAGAAGAAAAAAUUGUACGAGGGAGAUUCUUAUUAAUUCCUCCAUCCCGUCAAUUGCUGAAUUCUAAUUACUGCAUUUACAAUCAUUAAUUUUAAGGGUAGCUUUUAUAAUCUACUGCGGCGGUACGGGCGCGUCAAUAAAUGUAAAUCUCUGGGUAAGUGCGGAUCAUGGUUGUGAAUCGUAACGCGAAGGUUGUACUUCGCACCUCCUUGUUUUUCCUUCGCUCUUUACACGAGUGCAAGAUUUCGGGGCAUCAAUCAUUUUGACCUUUCGGCUAACAAUCAUUGGCUCUCGAAUGGAGCAAGCGUCUCAUGCUUACAGCCGGUCGAUCGAUUAUAAAAAUAUUAUUAUCACUAUUAUUGCCGCGUAUAAUUUAUUGGGCACAUGUUUAUCGCAAAUGAUAAUAAUUAAUGUAAUAAUGAUUUUUAAUUUUAAGAAGUACAAAUAAAUGAGUGAGACGUUUGCGUGUGUGAACUUGAAUACAGAAAGGUUGGUUUCUAAGCUUCUGUAUACUUUGUCUCUUUCUGUGAUAAAUCAACUACGAUGGUAAUCACAAUCAUUUCGUACCAUCGCAAAAAUUACCUUGUAUCUUUCAUGAGGAGAACGGAGCAAAGGUUUAGACUUAAAAUUAGAAAAACAAUCUUCUUGCCUUUGGCUUCAUCACGGUCUUAUCGAUGUCAUCACUAACGGAGAAAUGGGAAAUUCGGUGUCGAAUUUAAACACAUCUUUUUGAUGCUACUCAUACUCCAUCUUGUCAAUUCAUGAUGACGAUUCUAAACAUAUUUCUAAUUGAGUUGGUACGUUCGACAAUCACUACGAACUCAACUCCACAGUUUGAUCUUUUUCUCAUACUUGCCUUCUUAGCAAACUAUUCAUUUCAUUUUAUUCCUGAUAAAUAAUAAAAACUCAUAUCAAAUGAAAGAAAAAGGCUGUA